CGUCCCGGCGGUGCCAGGCGCGAGGGGCCGGCGGGGGCCUGGCCAGCAGCAGGGCCGCCGCGCCACUCGCCCGCCGCAGAGAUGCCCGCGGCCGCCUCCGGCUCCGAGGGGGCCAUGCAGCAGGUCCUGGACAACCUCAUCGCCCUCCCCAACUCGCCGGUGGCCGCAGACCUGGACCUCAUCUUCCUCCGCGGCAUCAUGGAGAGCCCAAUAGUAAGGUCCUUGGCGAAGGCGCACGAGCGGCUGGAGGAGACGAAGCUGGAGGCGGUGCGGGACAACAACGUGGAGCUGGUGCAGGAGAUCCUGCGCGACCUGGGGCGCCUGGCGCGGCCGGACGGCGCCGCGGCCGAGCUGGCCCGCAUCCUGCGCGAGCCCCACUUCCAGUCGCUGCUGGAGACCCACGACUCGGUGGCCUCCAAGAGCUACGAGACGCCCCCGCCCAGCCCCGUGCUGGAUCCGGCCUUCAGCAACCAGCCGGUGCCCCCCGACGCCGUGCGCAUGGUCGGCAUCCGCAAGACGGCCGGGGAGCACCUGGGGGUGACGUUCCGGGUGGAGCGGGGCGAGCUGGUCGUCGCCCGCAUCCUGCACGGCGGCGUGGUGGACCAGCAGGGCCUGCUGCACGUGGGCGACGUCAUCCGCGAGGUGGACGGGCGCGAGGUGGGCAGCGACCCGCGGGCGCUGCAGGAGCUGCUGCGCGACGCCAGCGGCAGCGUCGUCCUCAAGAUCCUGCCCAGCUACCAGGAGCCUCACCCGCCGCGGCAGGUCUUCGUGCGGUGCCACUUCGACUAUGACCCCGGCUGCGACAGCCUCAUCCCCUGCAAGGAGGCCGGCCUCCGCUUCGCCGCCGGCGACCUGCUGCACAUCGUCAACCAGGACGACCCCAACUGGUGGCAGGCGUGCCACGUGGAGGGCGGCAGCGCGGGGCUCGUCCCCAGCCAGCUCCUGGAGGAGAAGCGGAAAGCCUUCGUCAAGCGGGACCUGGAGGUGCCCCCCCCGGCCGGCGCCCUGUGCGGCAGCCUCAGCGGCAAGAGGAAGAAGAGGAUGAUGUACGUGACGACGAAGAACGCCGAGUUCGACCGGCACGAGCUGCUCAUCUACGAGGAGGUGGCGCGGAUGCCGCCCUUCCGGCGGAAAACGCUGGUGCUCAUCGGGGCGCAGGGCGUCGGGCGCCGCAGCCUCAAGAACAAGCUGCUGCUCUCGGACCAGGCGCGCUACGGCACCGCCGUGCCCCACACCUCGCGCAAGCCCAAGGGCGGCGAGCGCGACGGCCACGGGUACCGCUUCGCCUCGCGGGGCGAGAUGGAGGCGGACAUCCGCGCCGGGCGCUACCUGGAGCACGGCGAGUACGAGGGCAACCUCUACGGCACCCGCCUCGACUCCAUCCGCGCCGUGCUGGCCGCCGGCAAGGUGUGCGUCCUCGACGUCAACCCCCAGGCGGUCAAGGUGCUGAGGACGGCCGAGUUCGUGCCCUACGUGGUGUUCAUCGAGGCGCCCGACUGCGAGACGCUGCGGGCCAUGAACCGGGCGGCGCUGGCCAGCGGCGUGGCCACCAAGCAGCUCACGGACGCCGAGGCGCGGCGCACGGUGGAGGAGAGCGGCCGCAUCCAGCGCGGCUACGGCCACUACUUCGACCUCAGCCUGACCAACGCCGACCUGGAGCAGACGUUCGGGCGGCUGCGCGAGGCCGUGGAGCGCCUGCGGGCCGAGCCCCAGUGGGUGCCCGUCGCCUGGGUCUACUAGCGGACCCCCCCCCCCCGGCGCCGGGGGAGCCCACUGGUGUGAUGAGCUCACCGUGCUCAGCGCGGCUGGGCUGGGAGCCCGGGGGGGGGGGGGGGGGCUGAGCCCUCUGGAGAGCCCCUUCCCCCCCCACCCCAGCCCGUCCCCGCUCUCCCUCCCGUCCUGAUUUUGGGGGGGGGCCCAUGAGCCGGGAUGGGCCCCCCCCUGCACUGUGUCUUUGAGGGGUGCAGGGCUCUGCCCCACCCCGUCCCCAGCGCCCACACAGCUGAUUCACUGCCAAAACUGUCCCCAAAUCCCCCCACUUUUAUCCUGUUAUUCCCCCCCCCGGCACCACAGGUUUGGGGGGGGGCUGGGGACUCGGGUGGCCAUGGGGAAGCGUGGCCUCUCGCCAGGGCGGUGUGUGGGUCGGGACCCCCCCUUGCCCCCCACCGGGACCCUCUGUGCACCCAUGCUGGGGUGGGGACACCCCCCUGCCCCUCGUGACCCCCCUGUCCCCCCCCAUCACCCCUUCCUAGGUAGCAAUAACCCCGUGCCGUCCCCCUGCUCCCCUGCCCUGUAAUUAACCUUGUAAUUAACCCUGUAAUUAACCCUGUAAUUAACCCCCCCCCGAGGAGGGGGCUGGGGCUGCCGGCUGCUGCCGGGGGGAGUCGGGGGGGUGCCGGGGGGUGACCCCGAGGGACGGGACCCUGCCGGCUCCGGGGCUGCAGGGCCGGGCGUGCACGGACAGGCAUGUGCACAUGCGUGUGCAGGCGUGUGCAGGCGUGUGCCCCCCCCCCCGCGUGCCCCAGCCCCCGCACGCAGCUGCGUGUGCCUGGUAGCAGCCGGUAGCCUGGUGCCCCCCCGCGGCGCCUGGGCCCCCCCGGGGCUGCUGCCCCUUUUCGUACUUUGCCGUUAAUUUUAUUAAAGAUAAAGGAGAGAAAAGCA